UUUAACCCGACCCGGAAGCGAUCCGAAUCUGUUACACUGACUAAACAAACAGCCUCGAGUUCUCUAGGUGAAACCGGUCGAGUCGGAAAUUUUGCUCCGGCAUUUUCUCCGGUGACUCCUUCGAAUCACAGAUUACUUUUCUUUUCUAAGCGUUUUGUGUGUAUGUGUGUGGAUACCCUAAAGUUCGAUACUUGAAUGUUCUUCAUCUUUGUGUUUGAUUCAAAGAAGAUAGAUAGUAUGAAUUAUUUUAUUCAAUCAUAUCAAAUUCCAGAAUUGUUUAUUUUGAGAAUUUGUUGGUUUUCUAUCAGGAUUCUCUAAUACUUGGGUAUAAUUUUCCAGAGCUAAGCUAAGAUUGAGCCCAAUACUUUCUACUUUUUUCACUGUGUUCAUAUUACUCUCAGAGUUUGCAUCGAUCUUGAUAAUCGAACGCAGAUCUUCUGUUUCUGCCAUAACUUUUCUAGUGUUUGAGGGUCAAUACAAGUGAUUAUAUGCUACUGUUCUAGUCUAGAACUUUCUAGAUUCUAUCUUCUUUGAAACUAUGCAAACCCCAUCUUACAUGUUGUGUGGUAUUAUUGAGUAUUGUGUUAUGUGAGGCUGAAAAAUCUUCUUCAGUGAAUAAAAGAAGCAUGUUGGUAUCUGAUUCCAUCACCUUUGCUUUUAGAUUACGAAGGAUGUCUUGUCAAAACUAGGACAGCUUUUCUCCAUUCCUCAUUUAAUCUUUUAUAUCUUCUUUUUUUUUUGGGGGAAGACGAUCCAAUUCUUAAAGUUAGACCGUCCAAUGGAGAAUGAUUUCGUAAUCUAAUCUAUUUGUUCUCUUUGUGGAUUCACUUUUAUGAUAUAUAUCUGCUUUACUUUGAAGGAACUGAAACUCUUACAGGCCCUUUUAAAAAUACAACUUUCUUGUGUUCCCAUGAAAUUCCUGGAAAAAUGGUUUGGUUUGAAAGCAACCUCUGAGAAUUGUUUUGCACAAACAGUCAAACACACACAAACUUAGCUUGAAACUGAACCAGUUUGAUUUCAGCUUAACUUAAGACAAGCAAACACUUUGUAAGUUGUUGUAGUUUACCAAGAUUUUCAGGUUCUUGCCAUGUUAUUGUUGCCAUUUCGAUGCAUAACACUCUCUGUUGUUUAAGAUAUGGCAUCUGCAUGAAUAAAAUAUUUAGCAAGUUGGUGGGAAAGAAGGAUCAAUUUUAUGAUUUCUGUCUUGCGAAUAUGAUCUUGAAUCUUCUGCGUCCUGGUCUUGUUUAAAGCAUCCUCAUUUGACUGUCCUGGUCAUACACUUUUCUUCAAAGGAUUGGUGUAAGUGGUUUUUAUUUUGUGUUAGAGGUUGAAUGCUUUUGAUAGGGAAACAAAGUUGAUCGCUUUGGACUAAAUGAGAAAAGGGUUUGCUAUUGGGUGUGCCCAAAGCAACCAUUUCUAUUCCUUUUCUUUUCUUGUUCAAAACGCUUUUGCCUUCAUUUUUUUUCCGUCUCUCUUUGUAUGGAUUUUGGGUCUAAGCUCACAAACAACAUUUGGUAAGUUACUCUUUAGUCUCUAAACUGUCCUCAUUGGUCCUACAUGUCCUCCGUAACGAAGCAUGAAUUUGUGCGCUUUUAUUUAACUUAACAAGAUCGGAUAUUAUUUCCCCUGAGCUUGGAGUCAUUGUGAAAAAUGGAAUUUUCUUUCUGCUGGAGCAUAACUUGGAUAGAUUUCACAUCUCUACUUUUCUCUUUCAAUAAUGAUUGUCGGAUCAUUUCUCUCUUCUUUUGUUGUUUUCUUCUUCUUUUUCCCUAUAAUUUGAGUAGUGACCCUUUAGUUUGGUAAUAAGAGCCAGAGGCAGUGACUGUAAGAGAUUAUGUUGGAUUGAUGACUGGCCUUUGGAUGAAGGCUUACAAUAAAAAGAAACGAGUAAAAGCUGAAAAUAUGAUUGGGAAAUGAAAGGAAGAUCUCUUGUACAUUCCUUUCUUUAAUUCAUCAGAAGUUAAUUGUUACAUUUACCAUUUCAUUAACCUUUUAGGACAUAUAAAUAGAUUAUUCUCUUAUCAAAGUGUAUUAGUUUUUUUUUUUUGAAGAUUCCUAGGGAAGGUAAAUGGUGGUGCUCUCUUUUCUCUUCUUUCUAUGCAGUGGCAUGCUUCAGAAGAGAGAGACCUAUUCAUCAAAGUAGAAUUGUAAUAGGAUAAGUUCCUCAUGCCAGUUACUGCAACAUGAUAGUUUCAUCUUCGAUUUUAGCAUUUCAUCUUGGAUUUUAUGCAACAUACGCUGAAUAGCAAAUAGAUUUGUAUCCUUGUCAAAUUUGAGAUGCAUCUUCCAUCUGUUCGCUAUCUAGGUUUGAGUGUUUAUAAUGUAUUAGCAAGUUAAGAUAAGUAUAUCCUUGCCUUGUCGGAUAUUGGUUGAUGCAUAUAUCUUUAAUCUUCCUAAAUAGUAUAGUAGGAACCCUCCGUUUCUUCUUCGUCUUCGUUUCUCUCGUUUUUUAAAUAAAAGAUAUGGUAAAAAAGCAACACACUUUUCUGAAAGUAAUGAAAGGGAAAGAGAAUGAUAUAUUAUACCUUUUAUUUGUCUUAUGAUGGGUCCGCUGCAAAAUUUGAAGAAGAUACAAAGACCAGAAUAGUGAUUAUAAACUUGAGAGAGAAUCUAUUGGGUUAAAGGGUUUAAAAAUAACAUCAUCAUUUAUGAGUCUUGAUUAUCUUUUGGAACAUGGGUAAUCUUGUUAUUGUUAUAUAUAAAAAGAAAUCUCUGUGCCAAUGUUUUCUGUUUUUUUUCCCCUUUUCUUGCGGCUAUUUUGGUUGCUUGUGAUAUGGGGUUCGCUUGCUUGAUUGACUCUAUAGACCAGGUGAAUGUUGUCUUGAAAAGUGUUGGGACUUAGCUAUUUGUUGGUUGAAGGGGCUGGAAAAAGUAGUGAUUUUUAUAAUCGGAGAUGUUAUCUUUGAAAACAUAUAUUUAAAUGAAUAAUGAUUUGCAUCUUUAGUUAGGUCUUAUAAAUAUUGAAAAGAUAUUAUACACUUUGCAUAAAAGAGAGAGACCCACUUAGCAAGCAGUACCCAUAUUACAUUUUUUUUUAAAAUGUGUAUGUGAAAUCUGAGAUAGAAAAACACUAUUAGGGGAAAAAAGCUGAGUUCCCUUUGGCUUUUGAUACUGAUUUGUCACCACAUGCAGUCCACUUUGCACUACAAAACUCCACUUUGGACCCUCAAAUUCUUGCCUCUCCUACAAGAAAACCAUACACAUUACUCCUCCUCCAUAUAAUUUCCAAACUCCUACUUCUCUGUAUAUUCGUCCCCAUAGACUUACUCAAACAUCUUUUGGCUAGUUCCUUUGGUGUUUUUCUUCUACAAAGAAAGAGAGUAUCAAGACAAGACUCCUGUAGACAUACAUAGUUAUAUAUUGAGUAUGAGGAGUGGAGGUUGCAGUGUCCAGCAAGCCCUCACGCAUGAGGCUGCAAACAUGGUGAAACAAGCCAUGUCCUUGGCUAGACGACGUGGGCAUGCUCAGGUCACGCCUCUCCAUGUGGCUAGCACCAUGCUCUCUGCUUCCACGGGUUUACUAAGAACAGCUUGCCUCCAAUCCCAUACUCAUCCUCUGCAAUGCAGAGCACUCGAGCUCUGUUUCAACGUCUCCCUAAAUCGCCUCCCAACUUCCACAGGGAGUCCUAUGUUGGUCCCUUGUAUAUCUAACGCUCUGGUUGCAGCUCUCAAGCGUGCACAGGCUCACCUGCGGCGUGGUUCCAUCGAGAACAACCAGCAACAACCAAUCUUGGCUAUCAAGAUCGAGCCUGAGCAGCUUGUAAUUUCUAUUCUCGAUGAUCCUGGUGUGAGCAGAGUGAUGAAAGAGGCUGGUUUCUCAAGUCCUCAAGUGAAGAGCAAGGUGGAGCAGGCUGUGUCUUUGAAGAUUUGCUCCAGUAAACCAAGAGCAAGCAACGGUCUAACUACGGGGGUCAAGAAAUUCAGUGAGGCUGAAAAUGAGACCAUCCUAGAAUACACAACGAUGAUGAAAGCAGAGGCUAAGAGAAGCAGAAACGUCAUAACCGCUCUCCCAGCUUGGCUUCAACAAUACAAGAUGGAGAAUCAAAUUAAGGGCACUGAUUCAGAUAACUCAAUCCACGAAAGACCAUCUGAGAAAACCCUCGACCUUUCUUCUCUUUCUCCUUCUUCCUCAUCUUCCAAUACUUAUGCUCCUACAGAACCCAACUUAAGACUUUUUGUUCCCGAACAUGACAACGAGCUCACAACAACGCUCUUGAUGAAAUCUGCGGCCUCUUCUAGUGAUGCAAUAGACGUGGAAUACGCCUCCAGGUUUAAGGAGAUGAAUGAUGAGAACCUAGGAACUCUAUGUGAUGCCUUGAGAAGCAAGGCACCAAGGCAGAAGGAUGAAAUCCAAGAGAUCGCAAAAGCAAUCUUGAAAUGCAGAUCGGGAUCAACACCUAGGAAGCUCAGCAGCGGGGAACGAAAAGAAGAAACUUGGUUACUUUUCCAAGGUUUGGAUGUUGAGGCAAAAGAGAAGAUAGGUAGAGAGUUGGCAAAGCUUGUGUUUGGGUCGCAGAAGAGCUUCGUCUCAAUCAGCUUGAGCAGCUUCUCUUCCUCUUCCAUGGAAGAUCUCAGGAAGAAGAGGAGGAGAUAUGAAGAUAGCUGGAGCUACACUCAGAGAUUGUUUGAAGCGGUGUCUUGUGAUCCACACAGAGUGUUCUUCGUGGAAGAUAUAGAGGAAGCUGACUAUUUGUGUCAGAUGGGUUUCAAGAGAGCCAUUGAGAGAGGAAGACUUCAAAGUGGAAGCGGUGAAGAAGCUUUUCUUAGAGAUGCGAUUGUGAUAUUGAGCUGUGAAAGAUUGAGCUCCGGAUCAAGAACUUGUUCGCAACCAGACCCUUUUAUAUCUCUCGAUUUAAACCUCUCUCUUAAUCAUCAUGAUGAUGAUGGAGAUGCCAGUGAUUUUAUUGGAUUACUUGACGCUGUAGAUGCAAGCAUUCUUUUCAGCAAGUCGUCAACAUGAUUCAUGUAAUAUCACCACCAUGGUCAUGUGUUACUUCACCCUGGGACAAUUUUCUGAAUCAAUCGUGUAGUUAGGAGGCUUAGGAACUUUGUGGGGUAUGUUAACAAAACUACAGAAGUAUCCAAAUUAUGACUUAAAUUCUCAUUUAUGUAUCCAACUUAUUAGGCUGUACUAGUAAAGUUUG